AAACUGUUAAUUGCAUCAUCAGUACCUCUCCGAUGUCUAUAUGCAAAACUGAUAGGGAUCUAAAUGUGGACCUACUUCCUGUUUUUAUUAACUUCCUGUUGUUACUUAAAGUAAUGCUUGACUUCGUUAACAAAAAUGGAAUGAAAUGUCAUUAAUUAAAAAAUUUGAAAUUUAGAAAUGUCUAAAUGCGUGUUACAAAGCGUGUGAAUAAUUCAUCCUUGAUUUCUUACAAAAACAUUUUUUACAUCAUACGUUUAAUCAAAAUAAACCUGCCCCCUACUGCAAGCUCACAUUUAUCUGCCUCGACUUUUGAAGACUACUCCCACAUCUCAACAUCCAAUGAACAACAACUAAAUAGAACAAAAUCCAUGCCCACCAUUUUUUAAUAGUCGUCUUGGAUGUGCAUCACCAUACCGGAGAAAAGAUCAGUCGCUGUUCAGCCCACUUUGCAGUUUAUUUGGUAUGAGAACAAUCUACAUAAACACACAGACACUGUUCAACAGACAUGACACGGUGAUCUUUCUGACCGUGGGUGAGGAGAAGGGUGCAGGACUGUUCCUGCUCACUGGGCCUGAGGAUAUGGUCACUGAAGUGGGACCUUGGGUGUCAGAGCUGCUGCAGGGUAAAGGAGCAGGAAAGGCUGGAUGUUACCAGGGUAAAGCCAACAGUCUGGUGAAGAGAGCAGAAGCUGCGGAUUUACUGAGGGAGCACAUCUGCAAACUCACUGCAGGAGAAGAAUAAAAUGACCACAGACAGUCAUGGUGAUCCAGAACACAUGCAUCAGAUCAGAACUAGACUGCUUUGUUGCAGUUUACACUGGAAGUGCACAAUACGUUGCAACACAUCACGAUGCACCUUCAGU